AUGGUCAUUCUUCGUUGCUCAGGUCUCGCAAUCGCCACGCCACUCACUUAAAUUUUGAAAAAAAACCAAAAAAAUCGAAAAAAUUGCAAAAGCCUAAGUCUCUUCGAGUAAGGACCAAAAAAAGGUACAGUGAGGAUGAAUUCGGGCGGAGGUAACUACACGAUGGCGUCUCUGUACGUCGGGGACCUCGAUCCAGAUGUUACGGAAUCAAUGCUGUUCGAGAAGUUCUGCCAGGCAGGACCCGUGCUUUCGAUCCGGGUAUGUAGAGAUAUGAUUACUCGCCGGUCGCUCGGCUACGCAUAUGUUAACUUUCACCAGCCUGGCGAUGCCGAGCGGGCACUCGAUACGAUGAAUUUCGAACCCCUAAAGGGCCGUCCUAUGCGGAUCAUGUGGAGCCAACGGGACCCGUCCCUGCGCAAAUCUGGUGUUGGCAACGUGUUCAUCAAGAACUUGCACAAAGAUAUCGACAACAAGGCCAUCUUCGAUACGUUCUCGGCCUUUGGUAACAUCUUGUCGUGUCGAGUGGCCACUGAUGAACAAGGCAACUCCCGAGGCUACGGGUUUGUGCACUUCGAAACCGAGGAAGCGGCCAAUGAGGCUAUUGGCAAGGUAAAUGGAAUGUUGCUCAACGAGAAAAAGGUGUUCGUAGGCAAGUUCGUGCCGCGUUCUGAACGUGAACGUAUGAUGGGCGAUAAAGCUCGUCUCUUCACCAAUGUGUACGUGAAGAACUUCGGUGAGGAGCUGGAUGACGAUAAGCUUAAGGAGAUGUUCGAGGCUUAUGGUAAAAUUACCUCGGCCCGCGUUAUGACCGAUCCCAGUGGCAAAUCGAAAGGAUUCGGUUUUGUAAGCUUCGAAAACCCUGAGGCCGCCGAACAGGCCGUCAAGGAGCUGAACGAUAAGGAAAUAGGAAAUGGAAAGAAGAUCUACGUUGGCCGCGCUCAAAAGAAGGCCGAACGUCAGGCCGACCUUAAGAGGAAAUUCGAGCAACUGAAGAUCGAGCGCAUGAACCGCUACCAGGGUGUGAACCUAUACGUGAAAAAUCUAGACGACGUCAUUGAUGACGAACGUCUGCGCCGGGAGUUCGCUCCCUACGGAACAAUUACCUCAGCCAAGGUGAUGAUGGACACAACAGGAACCCGCUCAAAGGGUUUCGGUUUUGUCUGCUUCUCUUCCCCUGAGGAGGCCACGAAGGCUGUGACAGAAAUGAACGGCCGAAUUAUCGUGCAGAAGCCUCUAUACGUCGCCCUGGCUCAGAGGAAGGAGGACCGUCGCGCUCACCUUAGCUCACAGUUCGUCCAGCGAUUCGCCGGCGUACGCAUGCCAUUCAACCAACUGCCAUUCAGUCAGGCACCGGCAAGUUACUUCGUACCAGCUAUGCAACAGCCUCGAGCCUAUUUCCCCAGCGGCAGCGUCGCUGGUGGCGUGCGACCUGCCCAACGUUGGCCAGCCGGACAGCAAAUCCGUGUCGGCGGCCAGUACCCAUUGCCGAACCAGCAGAUCGCGGCAACCGCCACAUUCCCACGUGCACAGCGCCCACUUAUGCCUGGACAGGUAGCUGCAGGCCAUGGAGCUCCUCAUGCCGCUGGACCAGCCUCGGCCCGGUCCGCAGCCCUCAACGCCGCCCGACCCAUCACUGGACAGCCUUUGCCCGGUGGUGCGAGCACUGGGGGACGCGUGAGUGGCCGGAUCGGCGCAGGUGGAGCACCCCAGCAGGCUGCCGGAGCCCGUGCCAACUACAAGUACACGAGCACUGUACGUAACCCACAACCACCGAGUGGGGCGGCAGGUGCCGCUGGAGCCGCUAGUGGCGCUCUCGGUGGCAAUGCAGCGAACGCCGUGCUCGUUCAAGGCCAGGAACCUCUUACUACUCAAAUGUUGGCUGAAGCAUCACCCCGUGAACAAAAGCAGAUGCUUGGAGAGCGCCUAUUCCCUCUGAUUUAUAAUAUGCACUCAGAUCUCGCUGGAAAGAUCACUGGAAUGCUUUUGGAAAUUGACAACUCCGAGCUUCUCCACAUGCUGGAGCACAAUGAAUCGCUACGUGCGAAAGUUGACGAAGCCGUUGCUGUGCUCCAAGCCCACCAGGCCAAGGAAGAGAUCGCUCGGGCUGCGCCUGCCCAGGCUGCUGCCCCCGCACCGAUGCCCGCAGCUCCCUCUGACCAACCGAAGACGAUGGCCGAAGUCGUAGCUGGCAAGAAAGAGUAAAGCAAAAAAAUUGUCGGGGUCAAGGCGGAGGUUUUUAUAGACAUUAUUGUGAUUGUUGCUAGAUAUUUUCUUGGCUACACGGUUUUGUGACCGAUGAUUAAGUGGAUAGUACCCUUUACUGCUGCUUGCUGGUUACCACCUCGGCCAUUGUCUUCGGCUACUUAGAGGAAGCUGCAAGCCGCGCCUUUUUAGGAUGCUGCGCCCCCGCUGAUGCCCGCAGCUCCCUUUAAGCAACUGAAAACUAUUGCCGAAGCGGCAGCUGGCAAAGAGUAACGAAAACAGUUCACUCAAUCACCGGACACAAAACGUGUAGCGAAAAAAGUAUCCAACUACAAUACCAUCAACGACGAUAAAAACCUCCACCUUAACUCCAACGAUUUUUACGGGCAACAUCAACAGCAGAAACAACAACAACAACAACAACAACAACAACAACAACAACAAAACGAAAACCACCUGAGCUAAACGAAAAUGAAAGACGAAAAAUAAAAAUAAAAAUGUUUUUACAAAACUUUUUCCUCAUCUUCCGUUCCUUUUCUGUCCCUCUCCAUUACAUUGUUUACGGUAUUCCAGCCAUGUUUCACAUCGCGCAUUUUUUAUGCCGUUUCUAUUUUAUCUCUUUCUGUUUCAAAAUCCAUGCUAAAGACUAAGCAGCAACAUGAAAAUAACAUCGAUAGCGAAAGCUGUGAAAAAUGUGGCAACAAUGUGAUACAGGAGAAAAGCAACUUCUUGAGGAGAAGAAUACUCCUUGAUGAUUUGCUGAACGCAAAUAAAUGAGAAGAGAUCCGUGCAUGAUUAGUCUAUUAGGUUUCAAUCCCAACAUGCACACGAUUAAAAGGUAUACGGACUAAUUGUGUACGCGCUCCAUAAUUUAGCAGUUUAGUAUGUCGUAUUUGUUCGACUGUCUUCUUUUGCAAAGUGUCAUGAAGAGAAAAUUGCGGCAAUCAAAUCUAGCAGGUCUUCAUCGCUGAAUUUCCUUAAGAUGACUUGUUUUUCGUAUUGUUCGGUUAAUUUUGUUGUUGCUGUUACUGUAUUCUUGUCAUUAGAUGGUUUGUGCGAGUUUUGAAAUUGAGUAAGAGAUACAGAGGUGAGAUGAAGUUACGAGAAGUAAUUGAAAAUUAACCAAAAAAAAUCGUAAAUCAAAAAACAAAAAGAUUACUGCAAUCGAUAAACAAUGAAACUUUAACAAAGACGGUGAUGUAAGAUGAUGGGCAGUUCAGCGCUGAGGUAUAGAUCAGAGAACGAGAGGGCUACUUGAUGAUGCGUUUAGGGUUAGCUAACCCAAAAGAUUGCAGGUUACAGAAAAUUGAAUUGCGCGUAUGGAUGAUAUAGAUUGAUGAUAAGUAAAAUAGGCGCUGAACUGGCGAAAAAAUACGCGAUGUCAAGCGUGAUGGAGAUACAUUAAAACAAACAAUGUAAUAGGAGAGGAAAGGUUAAAAAAAAAGGAAACUGAAAUUGUUUACUACGCCAACAACAGGAAAAAGGCAAAGCGAUUGAACUGUGACAACAUUUACCGCAAACAAGAAUUGCAGGAAGAUAUACAACAACACGUUAAAUAAACCAUAAACAUUUAUGAUUAA